AUUACCAUCCUCCAACAGCUCAGAGAAAGUAUACAAAAAAGUUGGUGUUUGCUUCGGAAACUCCUGGGGAUAUAUUUGUCCGGAGGACUGGGACAAUAACGACGCUAAAGUAAUCUGUAGGCAAUUGGGACUCUCUUUAACAUGGACGGGAGGUAAAGGAAUUGAUGCUGAAUAUGAAAAUCUUAAUGACCGGUUGUGGAUGAAUGAGGUUCAGUGUACAGGGAAUGAGACUAGAUUACUGGAGUGUGGCAGAAGGAGAUUAGGGACUUUGAGGUCAAAUUGUGACGAUGGUGGAUUUGCAGCUGUAGCCUGUCUUAGAGAAAUCCCCUGUACUAAUGGUCAGUUUCGUCUGGUUUCAGCUGCUCCUGCUAAUACAACCCAGCAGCUGGUAACUAAGGGAAGGCUGGAGUAUUGUAUAGACCUGUCCUGGGCUAGUGUAUGUAGGCGUGGCAAUUACGCUGACAAAUUAAACAUUAUUUGUCGUAAAAUGAAUAUUUUUAGUACGGCAGCUCCUCGUUUAUUACUAGUCCCUGAUAUCACAGCUGCUACUGAUAAUAUUGUGACAAUUAGUAUCAACUGUGCUCCGCCCACUCAAGAUAAUUGCACUGUCAUUGUUGACGAUAGGGCGGAGUCUUCCUGUUCCCAUAGUGACGACAUUGGGAUUGAUUGUAAUCCUAGUAUUGAACCGACAGCUGGAGGAGGAGGAGGACAACGAAAUUAUGUUUUAUUGAUAGCUAGUGUCACUACAGCUGGUGGUUUGUUCCUAACGGUUACACUGAUAUUGCUAAUUAUUAUUAUAAUCGCUUGUGUUGUUGUCAAAGUUAAAAAUAAAAAGAAACUGGAUUUAUACAAUCAAACCUAUGAUCGGAGACCAUCUGGUGAUAAAUGGUGAGAUACUGGAAAA